CGGCGGCGGCGGCGGCGGCGGCGGCGGCGGGGGGCGAGGCGGCGGCGCGCGACGUGCAGCGGCUGCUGGUGCAGUUCCAGGAUGAGGGCGGCCGGCUGCUGGGCUCCCCGUUCGACGUGCCGGUGGACAUCACCCCCGAGCGGCUGCAGCUCGUGUGCCACGCGCUGCUGGCCCAGGAGGAUCCCUUGCCACUGGCUUUCUAUGUCCAUGAUGCUGAGAUCACUUCAUCACUGGGGAAGACGCUGGAGUCACAGGCGGUGGAGACAGAGAAGGUCCUUGACAUCAUCUACCAGCCCCAGGCCAUCUUCAGGGUUCGUGCUGUGACCCGCUGCACCAGCUCUUUGGAAGGUCACAGUGAGGCAGUCAUUUCUGUGGCCUUCAGCCCCACAGGAAAGUACCUGGCCAGUGGCUCCGGAGACACCACUGUGCGCUUCUGGGAUCUCAGCACCGAGACACCGUAUUUCACAUGCCAGGGACACAGACACUGGGUGCUUAGCAUAUCCUGGUCCCCAGACGGCAAAACACUGGCCUCAGGCUGCAAGAAUGGCCAGAUUCUCCUGUGGGACCCAAGCACAGGGAAGCAGGUGGGCAGGGUCCUCGCCGGCCAUAGCAAGUGGAUCACAGGCCUGAGUUGGGAGCCCCUCCAUGCGAACCCAGAAUGCCGCUACAUGGCCAGCAGCUCCAAGGAUGGCAGCGUGCGGGUCUGGGAUACAACUGCAGGCCGCUGUGAGCGCAUCCUCACCGGGCACACGCAGUCAGUCACCUGUCUCCGGUGGGGAGGGGACGGGCUUCUCUACUCUGCCUCGCAGGACCGUACCAUCAAAGUCUGGAGGGCUCAUGAUGGUGUGCUGUGCCGGACUCUGCAAGGCCAUGGCCACUGGGUGAAUACCAUGGCACUCAGCACUGACUACGCCCUGCGCACAGGUGCCUUUGAGCCAGCCGAGGCCUCGAUCAAUGCCCAAGACCUCAAAGGAUCCUUGCAGGAGUUGAAGGACAGGGCUCUGAGGCGAUACAACCUCGUGCGGGUGAGUGUGUGCCAGUCGCCAGCAUGCCCAAUUCUGUACUCAUCCUCUACUGGUCCCUGAAACAUUUUGCAGACACCCAGUCUCUUCCCACCUUCUGGCUGCAGCUCAGACUUUCCUUUUCCAGAAAGUUCUUCAUUAUAAUUCAGUUUACAGUCCUAAAAUCUUAACACAUAGGGAUCAUUUUAAUCAUUUUGUUUUAUUUGCUUUCUACUUACUGAGUUUUCUAUUUUGUUUUGUUUUGUUUUUAAGAUUUUAUUUAUUUGGGAGAGAGAGCAAGAGAAAAAACACAAGUGGGAAGGGACAGAGGAGAGGGAGAAGCAGGCUCCUUUAAGCAGGGAGCCUGACAUGGGGCCUGAUUCCAGGGCCUAGUCCCAGGACCCUGGGAUCACAACCUAAGCCAAAGGCAUACAUGUAACCAACUGAGCCACCCAGGCACCCCUUAUUUUAUUUUUUAAGAUUCAUUUAUUUGAGAGGGAGAGAGAACAAGCAUGAGUGGAGGGUGUGGGGGGAGAAAGAAUCUCAACUAGACUCCUUACUGAUCAUGGAGCCUGACUCAGGGCUUGAUCUCACGACCCUGAGAUCAUGACCUGAGCUGAAACCAAGAUUUGGAUGUUCAACCAACUGAGCCACCCAGGUACCCUUCUUUUUUUUUAAAAAAAAAGUAACAUUCAUAUAGUCUAAGGUUCCAAGAACACAAAAAGGGAUAUAGUGAAAAAGUCUCCCAUUUCUGUUGCCCUUCUAUUUCUUCUAAAAGCAUGCUACUGUGGAUCCCUAGGUGGCUCAGCAGUUUAGCACCUGCCUUCGGCUCAGGGCGUGAUCCUGGAGUCCCGGAUCAAGUCCCACAUUGGGCUCCCUGGAUGGAGCCUGCUUCUCCCUCUGCCUGUGUCUCUGCCUCGCUCUCUCUCUGUGUCUCUCAUGAGUAAAUAAAUAAAAUCUUUAAAAUAAAUAAAUAAAACAUGCUACUAGUAGCGUGUGUUUCCUUCCAAAGACUUCAUACGUACAUAUGCAUACAAACCCACAUGAAAAAUCUUUUUUUGCGAGAGAGAAUAAGAGCAGAGUGGGAGGGCGCUGCAGAGGGAGAGAGAGAAUCUUAAGUGUGUCCAGCAUGGAGCCCUUCUCGGGGCUCAACCCCACGAUCUUGAGAUGACCAGAAUCGAAAUCAAGAGUCUGCUGCUUAACCAACUGAGUCACCCAGGAGCCCCAAUUCCUCCCUUUUUUUUUUCUUUUUUUAAGAUUUUAUUUAUUUAUUCAUGAGAGAUACAGAGAGAGAGGCAGAGACAGGCAGAGGGAGAAGCAGGCUCCCUGCAGGGAGCCCGAUGUGGAACUUGAUCCUGGGAGCCGAAGUCAGACGCUCAACCACUGAGCCACCCAGACAGGCAUCCCUCCUUCCCUUUUUAUUUUAUUUUUUAUUUUUUUUUAUUUUUUCCUCCUUCCCUUUUCAAAUACAUGAUUCUGUACCUUGCUUUUUUUUUUUUGUAAUUAUGUACAGUGAUUAGAAAUUAUUUCAUCUGCAUAAAGUUACCUUUGGGGGAAGUGAUUUGCCAAGGGUCCCAUCUGAGUUCAUAGCUGGCCAGGGCUUAUUUCUCCUAGUGCUAGCUCCUAUGCUGGUGGGUAAUGAGUGGUGCGUUUGCCGCCAAGGUCAGGCUCUUCUGUCUGAGACAGUCUCCAACACAGUGUGCUUUCUGCCUCUCCUAGGGCCAGGGCCCAGAGAGGCUGGUGUCUGGCUCAGAUGACUUCACCUUAUUCAUGUGGUCCCCAACAGAAGACAAAAAGCCCCUUGCACGGAUGACAGGACACCAGGCCCUCAUCAACCAGGUGCU